AUGGAUAAUCAUUCCACCAAUAACAAUAAUGACAGUUCUAGAAUUUCAUCUGUUCAGUUAGAAUCUGCUUCUAACCGACAACCAACCCCUUUCCGUAAGAUGAUAGUAGUUGCUUUUAUUGCCGCUGGCAUCCAGUUCGGUUGGGCCCUACAGCUAUCUUUAUUGACACCUUACAUCCAACUGCUUGGCGUCCCACAUAAAUGGGCCGCCAACAUCUGGUUGUGCGGUCCUAUUUCAGGCAUGAUCAUCCAACCGAUUGUCGGUUAUUACAGUGACCGUUUACGUUCUCGUUUUGGUCGCCGCCGUCCAUUCAUAUUCUUCGACGCUAUUGCAGUUGCGAUCGCAGUCUUUCUCAUCGACUAUACAGCUGAUCUCGGUCACUCCUUCGAAGAUGAUCUCAAGAAAGAGACACGACAAAAAGUUGUUGUCAUCUUUGUAUUCGGAUUCUGGAUACUUGACGUUGCUAAUAACAUGCUCCAAGGACCUUGUCGUGCCUUCAUCGGCGACCUUAUCGCUGAAGACCAUAAAAUAAUGAGAACAGGUAAUGCACUAUUCUCGUUCUUCAUGGCUGUCGAUAAUGUCCUUAGUUAUGCAGCAGGCUCUUACUGUAAACUCUUCAUGAUGCUCCCUUUCACUAAAACCGAAGCCUGCAACGAGUUUUGCGCAAAUCUUAAAACUUGUUUCUUCAUUGAAAUAUUUCUCCUUAUCGUACUUUCAGCCUUUGCUCUUCUUCACGUAGAAGACAUUCCAUUACCAGUUGUAGAAUCACAAUCACAGACACAAAUACAAACACAAUCAGAACCAGAACAACAGGUUUCGUGUUUCGGAGAAAUACUAGGUGCAUUCAACGGACUAUAA